AUGAAUUUCUCAGAGGAGUACUUGGAGGAUUAUUAUGACAUGUUCAUUCAAACUGAUCAAUCAGAGCAGCUAAAUCAGUCCAUACGGGUGGUGUCCAUGGUCAUCUACAGCAUAACUUGUGUCCUUGGUAUCCCAGGAAACGCAUUUGUCAUCUGGAUAGCUGGAGUGAAGAUGAAGAGGACAGUCAACACUGUCUGGUUUGUAAACCUGGCUGUAGCAGACCUCCUCUGCUGUAUCUCCAUACCUUUCUCAUUGGUUGAAAUCAUACUGAACCAACACUGGCCAUUCGGAGAGGCUAUGUGUAAGGUUAUCCCCUCUGUCAUGUAUCUCAACAUGUUUGCCAGCGUCUUCACCCUGGUUCUCAUCAGCCUGGACCGCUUUGUCCUGAUCAUCCUGCCUGUCUUGGCCCAGAACCACCGGAGCAUCGCCCUGGCCUGGUUGCUGUGUGGUCUGGCCUGGGUCCUGGCCUUGCUCCUCAGCCUCCCCACCAUGAUCCAUAAUGGGACCAUCGAUAGUGUCGACAAUGACGAAAUUAUUAUCUGCACCUCUGUACACCCCCUUGGCGAAAACAACAUUAGGGGCUUCUUUUUGGCCAUCAAAGCCACCCAUGUUCCCAGGCUGGUCCUCGGCUUCCUCGUUCCCCUGUUGGUCAUCGCUGUCUGCUACCUGCUCAUCGGCAGGAGGGUGAGCAGCGCUCGCUUCAAGUCUCAGAGGACCUUCUGGCUCAUUCUGGGCGUGGUGGCAGUGUUCUUUGUGUGCUGGCUGCCGUAUCAUACCAUAGGUAUGGUGAUUGGGUAUGGCAGGUUUGCCUCGGCAGGUGAAGCCUGGAAUUGGUACCCCCUGGCCAUCUCUCUGGCAUACGUCAACAGCUGCCUCAACCCUGUCCUGUAUGUGUUUAUGGGCCAGGACUUCAAGGACAGGGUCAGGGUCUCUUUCCGUAAAGUGUUUGAGAAUGUCUUCAGUGAGGAUGCCAUAACACACACAUCUGUGUCUCAUGUCUGAGUCUGAAAUGUCUGAUAACUCUCCUGGGUCGUAUUCAUAAAACAGCAUACUUAAGUUAUAGAUAAUGCCAAGAGUGUGCAAAGCUGUCAUCAAGGCAAA